CAGAGUCUCCAAUAGAUCUUUCAGUUUCAGCUUGAGCUUCAACAAAAAAAACUUCUCACUUCUUUCAAUGGCGAUCAUAACAGAGGAGCCAGAACAACAAGAACCCCAACCCCAACCCCAACAUCAGCAACAAGAAGAAAAACGAAAGCAAAAACAAAAACAAAAACAAAAUCAAAACCCCAGUUCAAACUCAACGAAACCUCAGCAUAACACGAACCCAUUUACGCUCUGGUUUUACUUCACUCUCUCAGUCUCUCUCAUAACUCUCUUCUUCGUUUCAUUGUCUUCUCUCUCCUCUAAUCCAGACCCCAGGUCUUGGUUUCUCGGUUUACGCGACUCUCUUCGCCAGCACUACUCUUCUGGUCGCGUUAUCAAGGUCCAGCCCAGCCCUAAUCAAUCUCCAAUUGAGGUUUUUACUUUUCAAAAUGACGCCGUUUCGACGGAGAAUGUUUUGAUCGUUCACGGGGUUGGUUUGAGCUCGUUUUCUUUUCGUGAGAUGAUAAGCUCUUUGGGGUCUAAAGGGGUUCGUGUUAUGGCCUUUGAUUUGCCUGGAAAUGGGUUUUCUGAUCGAUCAACGAUGGAGAUUAAAGAGAGUUCGAAUGGGGCUUUUGAGAAGUUAUGGGAUGCUUUUGCGCUGAUUAAAGAAAAGGGUGUGUUUUGGGCGUUUGAUCAUAUUGUUGAAACUGGGCAGAUCCCUUAUGAGGAAAUUAUGAAAGCUAGGGAUUUGGGGAGAGAGAGGGUUAGGGUUAUUGAGUUGGGCAGUGAAGAGUUAGGCAGGGUUUUAGGACAAGUGAUUGAGACUUUUAAUUUGGCUCCUGUGCAUUUAGUUUUGCAUGAUUCAGCUCUUUUAAUGAGUGCAAAUUGGGUGGCUGAGAAUGUAGAUUUAGUUAAAAGUGUGACUCUUAUGGAUACCGGAUCAAGACCGGCUUUGCCUAUGUUGGCUUUCAAUUUGCCAUUGAUUAGGGAGGUUUUGUUAGGGUUUUCGUUUGCGUAUGAGAGGUUGAUUAGGUUGUGUUGUAUGAAUAAGAUUGGUGGUUUUGAUGUUGAGGCUCAUAGAUUGCUUUUGAAGGGAAGAGAUGGGUUUAGAGCUGUUGUGGGGAUGGGGAAGAAUUUGAAUUAUAGCUUUGAUAUAGGAGAAUGGGGUGGUUCGGAUGGGAUAAAAGUAAUGCCAAUGCAGGUGCUUUGGUCUAGUGGUUGGUCUAAAUUGUGGAGUGAAGAAGGGAGUCGAGUCGCAGAUGCACUUCCGCAAGCAAAGUUUGUGAAGCAUUCAGGUGGACGGUGGCCUCAGGAAGACAAUGCCUACGAACUAGCAGAGAGUAUUGCAGAGUUUGUGUCCUCUUUACCGAAAUCUGUUAGACAAGCCAAGGAAGAGCCUAUACCCGAGCAUAUUCAGAAGAUGUUUGAUGAAGCAAAAAGUGGUGACCAUGAUCAUGACCAUCUUCAUGGUCAUGGCAGCCACGACCACCACCAUGGUGGUCAUGAUCAUGGUCAUGCAGCAGGCUAUAUGGAUGCAUAUGGCCUUGGCAAUGCAUGGGGUCAUUGAUCUUAUUUCAUCUUUAUCAGUGAGCAAGCUGCUAACUACUCAACACUGGUGCCCAGGUUACAUCAAAUAUUUCAUGCCUAUUCCAGAAAUGCUGCUUUUUUUUUUUUUUUUUUUUUCCUGCUUUCUUGAUAUCUCUAUUGUUUCCUUUGAUUGUUGAAGAGAGUUUGUAAUGCUGUUAUUUUGUAGUGUUUUUCUUAUUGAAGCCUCCUUCCCCUGAGAGUGUUUAAAUUUUGUAACACUUCCCAGAAUUUGUAUUCUAAUUUUAGUAUUACAAGUGAUGCAAGGCUGAUUUAUAUAUCAUUACCAUACCUUUGCUGUACUCCAUUUCGGAAA